AUGUCAGUCGACUCCUUUGGCGCUCGACCUUCUUCGUCAUCGCGCACUCGCAACUCCAUUCUAUCCCGCUUUCGCUCGCAGCUGGGUCACCGCAAUCGCAGCAUUAGCGAUAUCUACAUCGAACCCGACGAUCCUUGGCGUUCCUACUUCCCCGGCGAUGCGAUCAAAGGUACCGUUGUUCUGACCGUUGUACGACCCGUCCGCAUCACACAUCUGGUUGUUUGUCUGCAUGGGGUGGUCAAGGUACACAGAAAUGCGGUGCCGGCUAGCGAGGCGGGCCCGGAUGUGGGAUCUCUCGGGCCAGGGCGCGGUCGUCGAGGUUCGGAAUAUCUGGGCAAUGGCUUGGCUACGUUGUUCGAAGAUGAGGUUGUCCUCUGCGGAGAGGGUCGUCUCAAGGAGGGCAUCUACAAGUUCCGGUUCGAGAUGGGCUUUCCGCCGUAUCCUCUGCCCAGCAGUAUCAACUUUGAACGAGGGACCAUUGCUUAUAUGCUUACGUCCACCCUAACAAAACCAACGACAAUCAACCCGACCAUAUCCUGCAAAAGACGCGUUAAUUUCCUCGAAAACAUCGACAUAGCUCCAUUUCCAGCCCCGAAAGCUCGCAUCGUCACCCUGGAACCUGUUUCCAGACGUUCGAAAUCCAGAGUCAAAGGGAAAUCGCCAGCGACAGAUUCGACAGUAACCGCAACAACAACAACAACAACAACAACGCCGCCACCAGCAGCAGCUUCUUCAACAGCAGAUACGCUCUCACGAGAGCCUUCGAUGAACGGUGGGGGAUCGGCUUCGGAUCAUCGCGCUCCACUCAGUCCGGCUCCCAGUAACGUCAGUUCCUCCAGUCGGCUCAGCAAUAGCAGUCAGAGUUUCCAAAUCGGUAGCGACCCGAGUUCCUCCGCGAGUACACGAAUGCGGAACAGCGAAACACGGAGCAUCACGCCCUCUACCCCGGAUAAAACUAUCACCGCCAAAACCGAAGUGCUGCGCGCUGGCGUGCUGCCAGGAGAUUCCUUACCUGUACAUGUCACUAUUAACCAUUGUAGGCAGGUGCGCAGUGCGCACGGCAUUAUUAUUACUCUAUACCGCCAGGGUCGGGUAGACAUGCACCCGUCUAUCCCGGUUGGAUACUCGGACGAUGGCAAGAGACCGAUCUACGAGGACUGUUAUCCAAAAUCGCGUACAGGUCUUGGGGGGUUGACAAUAGGCACCAGCCGCAGCAGUAGUGUUUUCCGAAAAGACCUGUCCCAAUCGUUCGCGCCUCUAAUCGUCGACCCGACCAACAUGACCGCAGUCGUCCGGACAUCGAUCCGGAUUCCCGAGGAUGCCUUUCCCACCAUCACACGCACACCAGGCGGCAUGAUCCAUUUUCGAUACUACGUAGAGGUAGUUGCAGAUCUUCGAGGCAAGCUCACGUCCCCAGAACGCUUUUUACCACGGCUCAAUAUGGUCUCGAGCGGAAGCACAUUUUCGCCCAGUGGGCAAAUUCUCAACCCGGCUGAUACUAGUGGGACGAACGCCGUCACUUCCAAUUGGGCUGGCAACAUCCUCGAUACUGACCAGAUCCGGCGGGCAAAAGGUGUGGUUGCAGUGGCAUUUGAGGUUGUGGUUGGAACCCGCGACUCGCAGCGGGUGAAUGGUGUCAGGGCUGCUACUACUGUCAGCAGUAAUACGCCUGCUGCGACUCCAGGAUCAGAGUUUCCACCAUCGGUUGGGAACGCGCCUGUCGCCGAAGGAAGUGAGUGGCCGGAGGAUCCGAACUCUGUACCCAGCGCCCCGGAGGAGUAUCAGUAUCCGGCCCAAGAGGACUAUGGGUACGAGUACUCCCAUGAGGCCCCGUGGGGAGAGCAUGCGGAGAAUUAUGGGCAGCCGUCACAACAUUACUACCAUCAUCAACCCUUUGCUCCGAUGGUUGCAACCCCAGAAGCUGAGGAACCAAUGGAUGAAAAGGCACGUCUCCGACAAGCGGAAGAAACACUUCUCCCCAGUCGCCCGCCCGAGUCAUCAGAAGCUGGGCCCUCAACAGCAGAAAUGGCCGCCCCAACAGCCCCUGUCCUCCCCGAAGACGACCAUAUCAACGGCUACCACCACGUCUCCUCCGCUCCCGUCCGUGAGAAUGGGAUAUCUCCAGCCGUCAUGUCCGCGGAGUCUGUGCACACAAUUGUGCCAGGACAACACUGGCAUCAUCCUAUGGACGGGCCCAGCGCGCCUCCUGUUUCUACACCGAUACAUGGAGACGACAAACUGGAACUGGAACGCCAGCGGUUGAUGAUGGAGACUAGUGCACCUGAGGACCCGGAGUCGUCCCACCAUGUUAAUGGGGCGCCUGUUGAAGAAGGACCUAGCGCGCCGGUUCUGGAUGAGGAUGAAGAGUUGGUUGGGGGGAGGGCGAAUGGGGAUGAAUCGUUGCCGCGGUAUCAGCGGUAG